UGUUAUGGGUACGCUGAUUAGGCUGCACUGAUCACAGGUACACUGACAGGCUGCACUGAUAGACUUCCCUGAUGGAUGUGCUGACAGGCUUACAACUCAUGGGGCCCCCGAGGCAAUAGGGGAUCAUGGGGCCCCUGUGUCCUUGCCCAAACUCAAAAAAGCCUAUAAAAAAGGUACCGGGGCAUCUCAUGGGGCCCCCUACUGACCCCGGGCCCUCGGGCAGUGCCCGAGUUUCCAAAUGGUCAGUCCGCCCCUGGGCUGUACUAACAGGUAUGCUUAUGGGCUGUGCUGACAGGUACACUGAUGGGCUGUACUGA